UUGAUUCUGAACUGAAGAGUUUGCAAUGAGGACGCGCAGUGUUCAGACAGCGCUUUCGCUCGCUUUGAUUUUACUUGUGCAGCUCCACGGCGCUUUUGGAUGGACUUGGCCGGAUCAGCCGGUUUAUAACCCAGUGCUGUUUACCGCGCCGAGAGCGGUAUUUCAGCCGAUGCCCACCCCUCUCUCCGUGCAGAGAGCUGACCUGUCGCUGUUGAAUUCGGUCACCCUGGACUGCAGGAAAGACGCCAUGGUCGUGACGGUGAACCGGGACUUGUUUGGGAUCGGCUACCUGGUGAACAGCGCCGACUUGAGCGUGGGGUCCGCGGGCUGCUCGGCCACCUCUUCCGACAGCGUCGCCAACACGGUUUUGUUAAGCAUCCAGCUCCAGGACUGCGGCAACACUUUCCAGGUAUUCCCAGACUUCCUGAGCUACACAAACCAUCUCUAUUACAAGCCUGCCAGCGUUAGCAUCAUCACCAGGGUCAAUAUGGCUGAUAUUCUCCUCGAAUGCCGAUACCCGAGAAGGUGGAAUGUCAGCAGCAGCCCCAUAAAACCAACCUGGGUGCCCUUCACUUCAACAGCCUCUACAGAGCAAAUCCUGGACUUCUCCUUGCUGCUCAUGAAUGAUAACUGGAGUGGUCCCAGAGUCUCCAAUGUCAUCUACCUGGGUGACGUCCUUCAUGUCGAAGCUUCUGUUGCUGUCGACAACCACGUGCCGCUGCGGCUCUACGUCGACAGCUGCAUCGCGACCCUGAGCAACAACAAGGACUCUGAGCCCAGAUAUGCUGUCGUGGACAAGCUUGGCUGCCUGAUGGAUAGCAAGUCUCCAGACUCCUCCUCUUCAUUCACUAGACCUGCUCUGAACAAGCUGCGCUUUGACAUCGCUGCUUUCAAGUUCCAGGGGGAUUCCAGGAGCAUGAUCUACAUGACUUGCACACUGAGAGCAGUCAAUGCUGACAAACCAGCUGAUGCCUCCAACAAGGCCUGCUCCUACCAGAAGCAAACCUACAGGUGGGUCUCUGAGCGCGGAUCCUCUGCAGUGUGUGGGUGCUGUGAUGCUGGCUCCUGCUCCGGGACACCCCGGUUCCUCGCAGACCCUCCUCCCAAGCAGGUGGGCCGCUUGGGGAUUCCUGCCGGGAUCAACCAGCCUGACUGGCGUGGAAAGUGGCUGCACAAGAGAGCAGCUUCUCUUGAUCCAGGACAUCCAGGAUUGGGGACCAACACAAGGACAUGAUGUGUUUGCAUGUUUUUUUUUUUUUUUGUUUUUUUUUUUAAAAAGUAUAUUUUGUUUUUAUUUUUUAAAGAGUUUCUUAUAUUGUUGUCCUUGCUUCUCUGCCCUGUUGUAUUCAUACUGAACCCACCAUUUUAUUUCCAGCAUGGUUCUUUUAUCCAGAGUGAGUUCGCUUUUGUUUCAAAUGAAUGUUGUAAUCAGAUAGGCCCCAAUUCCCCUUUAUGUACUUGCUUGGCAUGUAGUUUUUAUUAUUUCUAGUACUACUGCCAAUCAGGGUCUGUACACUAUAUCUAACAAAAGGGCCUUUUUGAAACACCUUUCCAGAUACAUGAGUUAUUUAUAUUCGCUUUUUGAAUUGUCAAAGGCUUGAUUCAAUUCUUCCAGUGCCAGCGUGAGACUGGCAGCUCUUCCCCAUUCCCCGAACAGAAGCUUGUAU